GAGUCCAGAACUUCAAAGUUUAUUCCCCCGCCCCCGCCCAUGCUUUCGAAGACUACUGCAAUCCAACCCAAUGCGAACAAUUGUCUAUCACGCAGUAGUGCCAUCCGUCCAUAGCGAAGCGAAGCUUAGUGGUGGUGGAAGCUGAUUCACUCUCAGAAAACCAAGUAUCUGUGUCAGAUCGCCGCGCCGGGGCAUGGCUGCAGUCGUUGCAAAGCACAUGUUGUUGGCCUUCGUCCCCACUCGACUCUGUUUCUUCAGGCGCUGCUGCUUCUUCAACUUCGAUUCACCCACCCUAUCCAUUUCUACACGAAUUUCCGCUUCAACCGUUCCAGCCUCUUCGAUUGCCUCUAUGGACACUAGGCUUCAGCCAUCGGACUCUUCUAUACUUGACAGAGAAGUCAACAACAUUGAAAAUAUUUUAGCUUGUUCCGUAUGUUAUGGCCCAUUGACUGCGGCGGCGGCUGGUUCGGGCCUGUCAGUAGAGUCCACAAAUGGAUAUCAAUUGGAAUGUGGCACAUGUAGAAAGACUUUCACUGGUAGUGGAACUCAUUUGGACUUGACGAUAGCCAGUGGAAAUAACAAUUAUGGUGAUCCCAUGCCUGCUUCCACGGAGAUUUUUAGGACUAGAUUGGUGUCUUUUCUUUAUGAGAGGGGCUGGCGUCAAAGCUUUAGUGUAGCCCUUGGUUUUCCUGGCCCAGAGACGGAGUUUGAGUUGAUCAGAACUUUCAUGACACCGAUCUUAGGUGGAAACAUAAUUGAUGCAAGUUGUGGAAGUGGAUUGUUUUCAAGAAUCUUUGCCAAGAGUGGGCUAUUUUCGUCUGUUGUUGCUUUGGACUACUCGGAGAACAUGUUGAAGCAGUGCUAUGAAUUCAUUCAACAAGAGGAAAAUUUCCCCAGAGAGAAUUUGGUUCUGAUCAGAGCUGAUAUUGCUCGGCUUCCAUUUGCAUCAAAUUCUGUUGAUGCAGUGCAUGCCGGUGCUGCUUUGCACUGCUGGCCUUCACCAUCAGCUGCUGUGGCUGAAAUAAGUAGAAUUUUAAGACCUGGAGGAGUGUUUGUUGCCAGCACCUUCAUAGCCGAUGGGCCGUUUUCUUUUAUACCAUUUUUGGGGACUCAAAGAGAGCGUGUAAAGCAGAUAACAGGGAGCCACAUCGUAUUAUCUGAACGUGAAUUAGAAGAACUUUGCAGGGCCUGUGGUCUAGUCGGCUUUAGGUGUGUAAGAAAUAGGCUCUUUGUAAUGAUCUCUGCUACAAAACCCAGCUAAACAUUUGGUUUUCUGGUGGUUCCCAAUCCUUCUCCCGCAGUCAUUUUGGUUUAUUAAAAAAGUUCAAAAGUUGGUGGUUAAUGUUGUCUGCCACACUAAUGCGCCGGUGUUUGGCUGCUGGCUGCCCUUCAUCUGUUUGUAACAUAAUAUAUCUAAAUCUUUUAGCUUCUGUUUCUUUA